AUGACAUGGAUAUGAAGGACUUUGGUAUACAUAGAGCUGUAGGUAAACGUACAGGUGCAAUCAAGCUUCUAAACAUUUUAAGUCAGCGAGGAAAGAAUAUCCUACCAGAUAUAAACGAAGCGUUAGAAGCUUGUGGAAUACCUAAAGUAGUGAAAUCUAAAUCAGGUGCAUCGCAAACUACAUCGAUGAAACACAGGCACUAUAUGGUAUGGGCGAAAAAUGAAAAAGAAUUCAUGGUAGCUGCCAGAGAGAAAAUUGAUAUUUUAACAACUAAACUGGUUGAAGGAAAUAUUAUUAAUGACGAUGAUGAAAGUGAAAUUACUUUGGGUAAAAAGAUAGGCGGGUGGAAUAGUGUGUGUAUACUUGUAAAGAUUCUCGUUGAACGUGGUGAAGAUGUCCUUCUGGAUAUUAUUAAUGUACUCAAGUCGAUGACACACCAUGGGUUUAGUGACGUAACACAGAAACUAGAAACUGAUUUAUCCCGUAUCGGACGAAUGAAAGAUGACCACUACCGGGUGUGGCAAGACAAUGGCACCUUUGUAGUGAAGAACACGCAGUUCAUUCUGACAAAUGUAAUUAAAAAAUUACUGGAAAGACAAAUACUAGAAAAUGUUGAUUUACAAGAGAUAGAAUUACAUCAAAACAUUAGUAGACGAGCAGGUGCUAUUAAAUUGGUAAAUAUUUUAAGUGAACGAGGGGAAGAUGUUUUACCAAAUAUAAUAGAAGCUCUUCGAUCUGGUGGAUUUGUAACGGUUGCACAGAAACUUGAAUCAUAUCUAUCCCGUUUCGAAAGAAUGAAUAACUGGCAUUAUCUGGUAUGGCAGGCGAAUAAUGGUUAUCUGCGGGAAGGUUUUAAACCACAUUUGGACACUUUAAAAGAAAGAUUUAGAUCCUCUAAUAUAUUGGACGUUCAUGAUUUGAAGACAAUUGAGAAAGCUGAAAAAGAUAACAAGUCUGGUGGGUCAGCAAAACUGGUGGAAAUGUUGGGCGGCCGAGGCAAAAAUGUCCUUUCAGCCAUAAUCAUGGUCUUAGAGCAACACAUGCCGGAAAUAGCCGAAAAACUAAAAUCAGAUCUUUCGAGAUUUGAACGACUGAAUUAUCCCCACUAUAAAAUAUGGGAAGACAAUCGGAAAAGCAUAAUAAAAAGUGUCGAAAAGAAUAUUUUUCAGUUAAUAGAUAAGUUGCAUGCUGAAAAGAUUCUAGUUGACAAGGAUAAAGAUGACCUUCAAAACGGCACGUGUAAAGAACGAUCAACUGAACUGGUAAACCGGUUGAGAUUUCGUGGCAAGGAUUCACUACCACGUAUAAUAAAAGUGAUGAAUGCCUGUGAUCUGAAAGAAGUAGCCAACAAAUUGGAAUCAGAUUUGUCGCGAUUCGAACAAAUGGAUGAACACCAUCAUGAGAUAUGGGAACAUAAUAAAACGUUCUUGAUCGAUAAUAUCAAAGAUAAAUUGCCGGAGAUAACAGAAGAGUUGUUUGAAAUGAAGAUUAUAGAUAAGGACGACCGUGAGAUAAUUAGAAAGGAUAACAGCGAGGAAGGUGCUAGAGAACUAUUUGAUUUAUUGAGUUACCGUGGUAAAGAUGUCCUAUUAACAAUAAUUGAUUUAUUAAGAAAAGUUGGUCUUGUUGACGUAGCAGAUGAACUAGACAAAGAUGUCAAUAUGGAAGAAGAACCUGGAGACACAGAUACACUACUGCAAUCAGAAUCAAUUCAAUUAAAGCCUUUGGGACGAUAUCAUUGAUAAGUUGUUUAAACGGUAUAAACUGUAAGUACAGCUAGAAAUUGUAUCCAAAU